AUGCUCUCCGAUCAUGGGGUGUGCCCUUCUCUGGCAAAAGACGGAGCGCCUAGAUCCGCCCUCCGGUCAUUCUGCCGCAAGAUCCCGGUGUCGGCCCUCCUCUUAGCGGGAGUGGGCAUGCUGAUCGCCUUUCUUGGCACGCUCGGCUGCUUGGUACGGGCCCCAGGUUUGAGCAUGAGCAUGGCAGAAGGGGAUACCCUGAUAUCAGUGGAUUAUGAAAUUUUUGGAAAGGUGCAAGGAGUGUUUUUCCGCAAGUACACUCAGGCUGAGGGUAAAAAGCUUGGAUUAGUAGGCUGGGUCCAGAACACUGACCAGGGCACAGUGCAAGGACAAUUGCAAGGGCCCACCUCCAAAGUACGUCAUAUGCAGGAAUGGCUUGAGACAAAAGGAAGUCCCAAAUCGCACAUCGACAGAGCAAGCUUCCACAAUGAGAAGGUCAUCUUAAAGCUGGACUAUGCAGAUUUCCAAAUUGUGAAAUAA